UCUCAGCAACGCGAUCUCGCGAGAACUCAGUUACGCAGUUACAUAUCUCCUUGUGCUAAAGGAGAAGAGUGUUUUCUUGCGGUGUGUUGCUGUAAUCAUGCUUAAAGCAAUAAACAAGACGAAUCUCAGGCAAUUGUCUGGUCUGAUUCAGAGGUUUCAGAGCACGUUGGUUGUUGCCGAACACAACAAUGACACACUGACCCCCAUCACCCUGAACGCCAUCAGCGCCGCCAACAAACUGGGCAGUGAUGUGUCCUGUCUGGUUGCUGGGACCAAUUGCGCAAAGGUUGUAGAACAGCUGUCUAAAGUUCAAGGGGUGAAGAAAGUUUUGGUGGCUCAGCAUGAAGUGUACAAAGGCUUGUUGCCAGAGGAGCUCACGCCUCUCAUCUUGGCGACCCAGAAACAGUUCAAUUUCACACACAUCUGUGCAGGAGCCUCUGCUUUUGGAAAGAAUCUUCUUCCAAGAGUGGCAGCCAAGCUGGACGUCGCUCCCAUUUCAGAUAUCAUAGAGAUCAAAUCUCCAGACACCUUCGUGAGAACCAUUUACGCCGGUAACGCCCUCAGCACAGUCAAAUGCCACGAAAGCGUCAAGGUCUUCACUGUAAGAGCAACUUCCUUCGAGCCUGCAACCGUAGAGGGGGGCAGCGCCUCUUCAGAAGAAGUCGCCACGUCCGCACCUGCUGGGCUCUCGGAGUGGCUGGAACAAACUCUAAGCAAGAGUGACCGACCAGACCUCGCAAGUGCUAAAGUGGUCGUUUCCGGAGGACGGGGCCUGAAGAGCGGAGACAACUUCAAGCUUCUGUACGCCCUCGCCGACAAGCUGAACGCAGCCGUUGGUGCUUCCAGAGCUGCAGUCGACGCUGGCUACGUCCCCAAUGACAUGCAGGUUGGACAGACGGGGAAAAUUGUGGCUCCCGAGCUGUACAUUGCGGUCGGCAUCUCUGGAGCUAUUCAACAUCUCGCUGGAAUGAAAGACAGCAAGAUCAUCGUUGCCAUUAACAAGGACCCAGAAGCCCCGAUUUUCCAGGUGGCUGACUACGGCCUGGUCGCCGAUCUUUUUAAGGUUGUACCAGAAUUAACCGAUGCUAUAAACAAGUCAUAGAUCCCCAAAAAUCUUACUUACCUGGAGAAUUUCAUCAGGAACGUUUUGCUGGGGGCGGUAUGGAGUGGAUGCUAUGUGUUAGAUCACUUUUGAUCCUCCAAAGAUAAUUACAGAAUACUUUCAUGCAUUACCAACAACUAAUAUGAAACACACAACCACUUAAAUUCAAUAAUUCAGUGGCACAUGGUUUUCAGAAUGUAAAUGCAUAGAAAAAAAAUUAAACAAGAUUUGUUUGCUCAUUGAAUAUAAAUAUACUUGUAAUAAUGGAGAUUACACUCUAUUUUACUUUGAUAUCUGUUUCAUAAUUUAGUUUGUAGGUGUCUCGGUAGACAACAGUUUGCAUUUAAAUUUCACAUAAGUAUAAUUCUUAUUUAUAUAUAUAUAUAUAUAUAUAUAAAUAACAGUUGUGAAUUGCUGCUUCAUAUUCAGGAUACGUUUUACUUUUUUGAUAAUGUAACCAUCUGUCGCUAGAUGUUAAUUGAAGUGACCCAAUAAACACAUCUUAGUUUCCAUUACUUGAAAACAGUGUUUUCUCAUUUAGAAAAAGUUCACACAUUUCUCACCCAUACUAAUUUGAAAUAAAAAACAAAUCGACUGUACACUCGUUCUUUGUGUAUAUAGUUUUACAUACUACGUGGUAUGCAAUAACUGAAAAAUUUCAGGACACGCAUUUUAAAAACGAAGCUGAGUAUUGGAUAUAACCAACUUUUAAUUGCUUGACAAUCGCUUCCAUCAUCAGUUUAUAAAAUCACUCGUCAAUAACAGGAUUACUUUGCCUCAGUCAGAAAGCAUAUAGAUCUGUUCAUGCUGUUGGGAUGGGGGUUAAGGGUAUGACAACAUUCUAACCAUAAUGUCUCAUAAAAAUCUUCUCAUACUGUAUACCUGAAAUGUUCGCCCGUCGCUCUCCGCGUUUUAAAAAUACUUGAGUUUAGCACUUUUUUUCCUCGCAUAGAAUUUGAAUACAAACAUCAGCAUCAGUAAUGUAAGAAAGGCAAAGGUAAGAAAUUUGGCUGAGUCACACAGCUUCACACGUUUGAACGUGGAUCAAAUGUAAAACCCUGCAGCAUUGGGGGAGAAGUACUGUACAUUGUGUGUCUGUUGCAUUUCGUACAAACAAUUUGAAACAAUGAAAGAAAGUGACGGAUAAAAACA